AUGAACAUUGCAGCAUUCAAGAGCACACCUCGCCUUCCUGCACUCGGGAAGCGCCGGUCCAUUUGCUGCCGGGCAGGAACUGGCUUUGGCAAGGCUCAGGGCAGGAAAGAUGCUUCAAAAUCAUCCGAUUCAGGAAGCGGUAUUUACACCGCCCCUCGAACUAAAAAACGGGUGAACCUGGCGGAGGAGCUCGGCAACAUUAAAGAGGAGGUCGCGCCAGCUGAACGCGGCAACACAGAUCCUGAUCGCGAUCUUACCAAGGGCAACUGGUUUGAGCUGGCGAAGCUCAGUGACUUUGCUGGCGACAAGAAGCGAAAGAUUUGCGAAUUGAAGGCAAGUUGGCAGUUCUUGGGGUACCCCGCCACCGGCAGCAAGAAGACUGUCGUACUUCAUAUGUUCAAGGACACGCUAUACGCCAUGGACGCCUUCUCCACCGCUUAUCAAUACCCGCUGAUUGACGCUAAGCUGGAGGACGGCCCCGAGGGACCCACCAUCGAAACCCCCCUGGAUGGCACCGUGUACGAACUCAAGACAGGCAAGGUACUCAAGUGGUGCCCCUCCGACGGGUCUCCGGUUCGAGGCUUCCUGCGCACGCUCAAGGCCAGCGUGACGCCGGUGCCGCUGCCCGUGUACCCCGUGGUGGUGCAGAGGGAUGGCAGGGUUAUGCGCCAGCUACGGCUCCGAUGGGGGCGCCCCAGCGGUGACGGCCGCUCCGGCAGCUGCUGUGACCGGCCCGCCGGCAGGGUCAUGUACGGCCACCAGCACGACGUCGCUGCAAACCAGCGCUACCACCUGGGCUUCGUUGGUAUCUUGGUUUCGGAGGCUGGUAGCGGAGCAGUACCUUCCGAUGAUGUUGCUGACGGCGCUGCUGGCAGCGGCCCUCCAGCCCCCGUGGCGGGGGCACUGCCGCUACAGCCGCCGGGACUGGCCCUGGGUCUGUUGGUGUUCGCCUGCAUGCCCACCACGCUCUCAAGCGGCGUUGCACUAACCCAGGUCCUCGGCGGCAACACGGCCCUGGCGCUACUCCUCACCAUCUCAACCAACAUGGCCUCAGUCUUCACAUUGCCCUUCGUGCUACCCUGGGCGAUGAAGGUGGCCACGGGGGGGAAACGCAGGGUUUUACGAGGGGGGAAUGGGGGUAGAAGGGGAGGGAGGGAGGGAAGGGUUGCCGGUGUAAAAGGGAGGCAUCUGCAGCCUUGGGCGGCUUCGGCGCCUGCAGCGGCGGCGGUGCUGGCGUGGGGGCCAGCGGAGGUUUGGUCGUACAACUGGAUCCUGUACCGUUGCUGCUCCAGCUGGUUCAGUGUAUUUUGGUUCCCGCUUGCAUCGGAGCCGGAGUGCGCGGUGUUCUGCCAGGUCAGCAAGGCGCUAUCUCAAGGUGUGGUUGUGGCCCCCGGGGCCCUGGCGGCGGCGGUGAGCAGCUCCCUCGUGCUGCAUGCGGCGUACCUGGCACUGAAUGCGACAGCAGCGCAGGUGUUUCAACUGGGUGGUUCUGACCCACGGGUCGCUGCUCCCACGCGACGUGCGGUGGUGGUAGUGGCCAGCCAGAAGACGCUUCCCGUGGCGAUGGCGGUGCUGGGGCGGCUGGGGCCCGUGGUGGGGGCGGAGGCGGCUGGCUGUGCGGCCGUGACGGCUGUGUUCAGCCACCUAGCUCAGACAUGUGUUGACUUUUGGCUAGUGUCGAGGUGGCUGGACCGCAUCAGAAGACGCGAAAACCAGCUGGCAGCGACAAGGCAACUGGGAUCUGCAGCCACGGGGCUCGACGGCUGUGCCACGGGGCUCGACGGCAGCAGCUGCAGUGGCGGCGUCAGGGGUGUCAAUGGCGAUGAUGGCGAUGGUCCCGCGGCGUUCCGACUGCAGCCAGGAGCUGGUUGA